GCCAGGGAGCUGUGGAGGCUGCAGGAGCCACCGGGGGAGACUUGGGGGACAAGAAGGUGAAGCUGUCAUGGGGGUGAGCUUGCCUGCAUCUGGCAGGAAACAGGGGGGGGCCACAGUGGGGGUGCCCUCCCCACACACACACACAGUGUUGCACCCACUGUGCCAUGGGGCAGGGGGACCCCCAAAUGUGUCUGUUCCCAUCCCCCUGUCUGGCAGGUCCCUUCAGUGUCCCCAGGGGGUUGGUGUCCCCAUAGAGCCGGAUGCAACACUUGGGGGGGGGGGGGGAUGUUUUAGGGCUCCCAGGACUGUGGUGGGGAGCAGAGGGACAGUGCGGGGGGGUGUGUGUAUGUGUCAGAGUGGGUCCCCAGGGCUGGCAGCCACCUCGGGGUUUCCAGGGCCCCCGGGGUGCAUUUUGGGUAGGCGGGGGGGGGGGGGGGUGCGUGCACACAUAGAGCACCUCGCCUCCCCCCGCACCGAUACAUCCGUUGCGUGGGGGCAGGAAGUGCUUGGGGGCCCCCCCCCCCCCCCCCCAGCACAGCUUGCGGCUGCAGCAUCAGGACCUGUUCCGGCAGCACCUGCUGAUGGCUGGAGCACGGCAGCCAGCGCCCGCACUGGUGGUGCUGGUGUUAACCGGGUUGGCAGCGGCGGGAGAACCGGAGACGAUCCGCCGCGACCGGGCGGUGGGGGUCCUGCUGGGGGUCCUGCUCUGCUUGGCCGUGGGCUUGGCCGUGGCCUGGAGACAUCUUUGCCGCCUUUCGGCUGGGCGCUACCACCCCCGGCCCAUGGGCCACCGGGUGCUGGGGCUGCUGCGGGGACGGUGGCACCGGCUGCGGGGGGGACGGGGUGACCCCCCGGAGGAUCCUGGCCACAGGGAGGUGGCGGAGGACCCCCGGGAGGAGGAGGAGGCGGAAGAGGAGGAAGAGCUGAUGCCGUGGAGCCAGGACCACCGACCCAAGGAGGAGGAGGAGGAGGAGGAGGAGGCAGCCCCGGAGGCCGGGGAGAGCCCCCCGGGGGGAGAGCAAGAGGUGGGGGGCAGCGCUGAGGCCCUGCUUAGUGACCUCCACGCCUUCUCGGGGACAGCGGCGUGGGGGGACACGCGUGGCGCCGCCACCGCGCUGUGACCUCCCCCCCCCCCCCGCCUCCCGCGCUGCCCGCCCACACCCCCCCCCCCCAGCCUCCCCAUUGGCUGCAAGGGCCUAGGCGCCGACCAAUAAAAGAGCGGGUCUGCCCA